CUUCGGAAAAACUGGAAUGAAGCUUGGAAGGAUUGUGGCACUGGGCCUGCUGCUGGCGGCGUCAAGCACGGCCGAGCACGAUCACAGCCAUGUGCACAGCCAUGAUCACCAACAUGACCACCAUGAUCAUCACCACCAUGACCCCCAUGCCAAGAACCACCACCUUGACCAAGACACCGCAGUCGACGCGACAUCGUCCAAGCAAGAGGAGGUGGUAGAAGUUGUCGUCGAUGAUGUGGGCCAUACUCAUCAUGUAGACCAUACAUCUCGCGAAGAAGGCCAUAGCCACCAACAUGAUGAAGACCACGGCCAUUCCCACGAUCACCGAGAUCUUCGCCGCCCCAUUCCCGGCCCAGUGGAAUCGUCGGUCGCCCCUUCGGACCAUUCUCACGAACACGCCCAUGAACACUCUCACUCCCAUGACCAUUCGUCGAACAACCAUGCGCACCACGGCCACGCGGACGCGGCGUCAUUGCUAGAGGGGAAGCUCCCAACACCAAGCGACGACCAUCGCUUCGACGCGUCGUUGUGGGCGGAAGCAUUGUUCGCGACGGCAUUGGUGGGUCUCGCGCCUGUGCUGUUGCUCUUCUUCAUUCCGUUGGGUCGGGUGAACUUGGCCUCGCAACAGCCGCUGCUUCGCAUCUUCCUCGCGUUUGCUGCGGGCGGGUUGCUGGGCGACGCGCUGCUGCAUCUGUUGCCCCAUUCGAUUCCCACUGGUCAUCACGAUCAUGACCACAGUCAUGACCAUGCUGAAAGUGAAGCAGGUCAUAGCCAUUCCGUGGCUGACUUGGCGCCGUAUCUGUGGAUGUUGGCGGGGCUCAUGACGUUCUUGAUGCUGGAAAAGUUUGUCCGAGCGCAAACCCGUGGCGGCGGACACGGCCAUUCUCAUGGCGGUCCCCGUGAAGAAGCAAAGAAGAAACCAUCCAACAAAGCCGAGACCGAAGGGGGUCCCGUGAUUGCCGCCGCCGCCUAUUUGAAUUUGGCGGCGGACUUUUCGCAUAAUUUCACCGACGGGUUGGCGAUUGGGGCGACGUUUGUCCACGGCCGAAGUAGCGGGUGGCAGACGACGGUGGCCAUGUUGCUGCAUGAAGUGCCCCAUGAGAUUGGCGACUUUGCUAUCCUCAUUCAGUCGGGGUUCACGCGAUCCCAAGCCAUGUGGACGCAAGUGUACACUGCGCUUGGGGCAAUGGUGGGCACGGCGGUGGGGCUCCUGAUUGAAGCGCAGACGGCGGCGUGGAUCACGCCGUUUACUGCCGGCGGGUUUGUGUACAUUGCAUGCACGAGCGUGUUCCCCGAGCUGCUCGAGGAUUCGUCGUUGCUCCAGUCGUUGCUGCAGUUGCUGGCCAUGGCCACGGGAGUUGCGCUCAUGCUGCUCAUUGCGCUCUACGAAUAAAGACAAUGCUACCAUGCUAAUGCACCAGUCGACUUUUUAUAUAUACACCAUUGCUAGGAGUCUGCCGGUGACCAAAUAUAACAAAAAACAAAAUAGUAGUCCAUUUGUACUCCAAUA